AUGGCGCUCUCCCCUCGCCAUCAGCUCCUUGCGGCGGGGACUGCUGCCCGCCCGCACGCCGGGUGGGAUGGAGGGAACUCACGGAUUGACAUCCUCGACCUAUGGAAGAUGGACGAUGAGCCAGAGCUCGGCCACCAGUUGGAGGUCGUCACCACCAUCCCGGCUCCCAGCAACCGCGCCUUCCACAGGCUGGCGUGGGAGGAAGCUGCUUCAGAAAGGCAGUCGGAGUUUGACGAUCUUCUUAAGGACGACUUCAUAGAACACUCUCUAAAAGGAUUUAAUCUAAAAUCCAAGGUUAACCGUGAUGAUGUUGAGGACUGGGUUGUUCUAGACAAGCCCAACAGAACUGACAACAGUGGGUUGGUGCUAAAGCUAAAUGAUAUCAGUGGAAAAGUUUUUGCCAUAUCAUUCAACAAUCAACAUAAAAAUGUCCUUGCCUGUGGUGGAGAUAGUGAGAAGUUAAAGCUUUACCAGCUUGAUCAUCCUAUCAAAUCUUAUGAAUUGGCUGAUGUUGGGUCAAGUUCUCGAACUACUUUCGUAGAUUGGCACCCUCAGUAUCCUGUAGCAAUUGCAAGCACAUGCGAUGAUGCAACAGCAAUAGGUGAUGAUGCCACAGUCAAGAUAUGGGAUUUACGCAACACUUAUCAUCCAUUAUCUGAUUUUGGACCUAAAAAAGGAGUGGUCUCGCUUUCCUGGUGGCGUAAUCCAAAUUUGAUCAUUACCACCGCUGUGGAUGGAGGGGUUGACUGCUGGAAACUGAAUGUGAUUGAGGGCUCAGAACCAUCUCGGACGGUAUACUUGCUCUCUGAACGUAGAUCUUUGCCUUUGGGUGAGAAGGAAGAGACAGCCUGGUUCGAUGACAGUGUGAUCGUGGCAUCUUCUGCCCUCAACAUUGGACUGUACAAGCUGAAGUCCUCGUGGUGA